AUGUCAUCAAACAGUCCGAGAGGACCUGCGUUUAUAUCGGAGUUACAGUCAGUGAUACCGAACUCUGAUUAUGGCAAGAGAGGGACUUAUGAUUUGAAAAAGUAUCAUGGUAAUCCUACAAGCCAUGAACCGGAGCUGUCACUCUUUCCUCAAGAACCUAACUUCCGUGGUAGGAGAGUAAUAAACAUUCCACAACCAGCGUGGCUUUAUAAUCUUCAGACAUCAUCGAUAAAGGAAAGCAAACAAAGUGGUACUAAAGGAAAAGAUGGUGUUUCUCAAGAGAGAGUAAAAGCUCGUCUUCAGCAAUGUGGUCCUAGUUUCACGCUUAAGCUAGUUACUUUGCAGCAUGGAACCUUUGACACAAAAGGGGGAGAAUUUGAUAGGCUCAUAAGGUGA